AGAAAUGUAGGGCAAGGAGCGAUGCUGCUCGUGAUCGAUUGCUGUUAUCCGUUUCUUGUGUGCGACCAACGCAAUGUUGUAUUGCCUUACUUCGCUUUCAUACAAGACUUGAAGGGGAUCCACAGGUACAGAGACAAUAGCUCUCUCACUCUGAAUGCGAUGCCCGCAUAUCCGUUACGUCCACAUCUACGUACUUGAACCUUCAUAAGUCUUUUGAAGUUUGUUCGCGAGAUGGAAAGCGGUUGAAGGCGUCCAUUUACUCCAAUGAUGAAGGGAGUUUUCAAGGAAAGAGAAGGGAAGAGGGCAAAAGCUCUGCUUCAUCUACUGCUGUUGCUGUUGACCUGGUCUAUCACGUACACUAAAGGUGGAGAAGAUGCAAGCCAGCAGACGCUGUCCGACUUGGAAAUGGUCACCAGACCCGCGAGCAGCAGUCAUAGCAGCAGCAGCAGCAGCAGCAGCAGUGCCAGCUCAGCUACGCCAUUUCUAACUCCACCACCACCACCACCGACGACCCGAAUCAGCCUUGUUAUGUUCAUUUACACGCCUGUCAUCGUCAUUAGCAUUGCCUUGGUGGGAGCUAUUAUCGUUAUUAUCACGCGGCGAGGCUCACGCCCUGAUCAAAUUGUUGCAGGGAAAGAACCAAGCAAGCCCACAGUCAAUCUGCGUCAUGCCACGAAGAAAAAGCCAGCCAACAAACAGCAUGCCUCUGACAGAGCCGAUGGCGGCAAGGGGGAUACACAUGACUCCUUUUGGGAUAUACCUGUGCGAGUUUCCUCCCACUUGAAGGGAAGACAGGGCAAUUUGGACGUGCCAGCAAGUGGCAGGAGGUCGUGUAGCUCUCUCGAAAGCAUGGCGUCCUUCCUUCACGAGAGCUUUGAGCCAGACACGGCAGCCGAGGCCCGUGCCGAGAACGAUCCUGCCCUGGAUUUCAGCAUGGACUGGCCAACCACCGUAGUCGACCUGCCUGGGGAGCCGAUGAUGAAGCUACGCUACAACAUCGUCACAAUCUCACCGAGCAGCCAACACGAGAAUCCCUUCAACAGCAGCAGCAGCACCACCACGAACGACAACAACAGCAGCAGCAGCAUCGAUGAUGAUCAGGCUGGUGUGAACAACUGCAUCAAUCCAUCCAGCUAAGACUGAGCGGUCAUUGGAAUUUCAGAUCCAUACCAGAACUGAUUGCGAGGCUAGGGACAGCCCUAAGCUACGUCCAAGGCAGAGCAAGAGCAGCUGCCGCUAUUGUUCGCUACAUCUGGGUACAGCCCGCAACCUGGAAAAAUGCUGUAAGACUAAAAGAAGUGACUUUCCUUUGAUUUAUAUAUUCUCCAGUGACAAGAGUUUUGUUAGGUCACUCCUCUGACUCUUUGUGGAGGUGGGCACGUGGGUGAGGGAGAGAGAGAGGGAGAGAGAGAGAGAGAGAGAGAGAGAGAGAGAGAGAGAGAGAGAGAGAGAGAAAGAAAGAGAGGUAGGUAAAGGUACGAGUUCUGUCAAAGACAUCCAUAUCUAUAAUUGCGACAGAGCGUGUCCACUGCAUUUGCCCAAAUUUUAGGUAUGGGCGAUAAGGUGAUACGAAAUGUGAACCGAGGCAUUGAUGAAUAAUCCCAACCAAUACAGAAUAAUCAACACGGAAUUAUCCGGAAUUGUUUGAAUUGACAAUUAUGGUGAAUUCUUCUUACCGACGACAUCCUUAGUUUUCUCCUUUUAUUCUUCUCCUUCUCUCUUUAUUGUCCACGGUGCUCAUCCUUCAUUUUUUGCUUUGAUUGAAAAAUGUAAUGCUCACCUUUCUAUUUUUAAUCUUAUUGCGUGAUAAGAUAACUUCUUGAACGUAAUACUAUUAUUGUUCUAGCAGGCCAGAUAACAGGAUUUACAAUGUACAUGUGGUCAUAAUCAGAUUACAAAAGAGGCUCGCAAAUGCAUCCAUUAUUCUAUCUUAUUUUCAUUUCAUUUGCCAGCUUCAUGCAAGUCGCGAAAUGUCAUGCUGACUGAGAGACUAUGAUACAUGUACAUUAAGUUGAAUUUUUAGUAUGGUUCUGUUUGAGAAUAGGCAAUCAAAUUUAUCUCUUUGUUUUCAUCCAAACUGGGUAAGUUUGAGGAAUUUUAAAACAAACGUAUCACACCAAUGCAGGUGGAUGUAUCUUUUACUUUAUUCUCCCUUGUAUCUUGACUUCAUAGUUUGAUUUUAUCCAGAAAGUGUGCUUGUGGUAUUUCGGUUUCCUUCUCAUGGUGCUCUGCAUUUUGGUACAAGGGCUGGAUUGGCUUGUACAUGCGAGCCGUUGCCGGUGAGCUGUUCGUGCUGGUGUUCGCAAGCGUCGUGUGGUCUCGUCCGGUCGGGAAAAGAACCUAUUACUGG